AUGGGUGGUGGUACUUUAGGGUCGAUACUGGUGAUUGGUCAGGGUGUUUUUGAAGUUAAGGUACCGCUGGUGACACUCACCUUGAAGGUGAAGACUGAUAACAAAAUGGUAGACUAUUGUGCCGAGCAAUUCAAGAGGAAGCACAAUUUGGACGUUAGGGGGAUCUCGAGAGCUAUUACAAGGUUGAAAAAUGCAUGUGAUAAGGCAGAGGAGACUGUCAUUCACAUCUCAGUUGACAUCAAAAUUGAUUGUUUGGAUCAGGGUAUUGAUUUCAGAGCAACUAUAACUCGAGCCAAAUUUGAACAAUUGAACAUGGAUUUCUUCAGAAAGUGUAUGGAGCCAGUGAAGAAGUGUUUAAGCAAUGCAUGCAUGGACGCAAGUAGUGUGGAUGAUUGUUGUUCACUUGUUCUUGCUGGUGGCUCUUCUAGAAUUCCAAAGGUGCAAGAGCUAUUGUAG